CCACCGUCCAGAAUUUAAGGACUUACCUUAUAACACAUAACAUCAUUAGACUCGGUUGGUUUGAGUCCCACUUUUUUUUGGUUUUACUGGAGCAUGCUGACACUGUAGUUUGAUAGAUGCGGCCAGGUGCGUCCCACACACAGCAGAGAUGAGUCGCUUCCUCAACGUGCUGCGCAGCUGGCUGGUGAUGGUGUCGGUCAUCGCGGUGGGAAACACGGUGCAGAGUUUCAGAGACCACAGCUUCCUGUCAGAGAAGCUCUACACUGGCACGCCACAGUUUGUGAACGGUCUCCAAGCUCGAACGUUCGGUAUUUGGACGCUGCUGUCAUCCAUCAUUCGCUGCGCCUGUGCCAUUGAUAUCCAAAACAGAACGCUGUAUCACAUCACUUUGUGGACAUUUGUGCUGGCGUUGGGCCAUUUUCUGUCCGAGGCUUUCAUCUACAAAACCGCACCGCUCACUAUCGGGGUAAUGGCACCUCUCAUUGUGGCAAGUUUCUCUAUCAUAGGAAUGCUGAUUGGAUUCCAGUGUAUUCCAGAGACACAAGAAGAAGUCAGAGCGCGACAGAAGAAACGUAACUGAAUCCGAGUUUCCUGCCGUCCAGUAGACCCAACAGACAUAUUUGGACUGGUCACAGUGUUUGUGUGUAUGGCUUUCUGCCUUAAAGAACAUGAGAUCUGGACGUCAAUUCGUUUCGUACUGUGAAUGAAACGUUCUAUAGACUGUAUACAUCUAUGUCUGGGUUGUAUGUAAUGUUUUUUGAAAUUAUAUUUUAGAAGUGCAAUCGAAAAAAGGUUUACGGGAGUAGUUGUCACCCUUUUUGUGUAUGGUUUUGUUACGCUACAGUAAUUGAUGUGCAAUACACAGAAGUUAAGGAAAUGCGACCUGUCAGCGCUGAAUGACACUGAUUAUUGUGUCGGUGCCAAUAAUUUGACUUUUUAAAAUCCAAUAAUCAGAUGUCAGGCAUUAAAGCAAGAAAGGAUUUGUAAGCCUGAAAAGUUGUACAGGAGGACAUGUGUACAAUGUAUUGAAUUCAAUAUUAUAUCAAUUUAAAAGUGCUCUAUGCCUGGAAUCGAGCAUUAUGCCUGAGAACUUUAAGCCCUGAGAUGUACUUUGAAACUGCUGAACAAGCAUUUAACUGAUUACAGAAAUAAUCCAGAGUAGAUUUUCAUUGUCAUCAUAUUUUUAUUUUUAUUUCACCAGAUCACCAUUUCCUAUACAUUUGUUUAAUAACUCAGAUUUAUUAAGAACUCCGAUGACUAUACAGUACAAAACUAUGCUCUUCAUCACAGAAUUCUUUUGAUAUCAGCGAUUCUUCUUGAUGUUUGUUCUGUGCUGUGAAACAUUUGUACACCCUUACAAUUAAUGCACAAAAAUAUUUUUGAAUUAAAUGAUUUGUUUGUGUG